AUGCAGCUGCGCAUCCGCACACUGAGUAACGAGGAGGCGGAGCUCGAGGUGAGCCCGGAGGAGACGAUCUUCAACUUGAAAGAAAAAGUUGAGCAAAAAUGGCCGCACAUGCCAGCGGCCCGGCAAAAGCUCGUGCAUGCGGGCAAAAUCCUGGCUGACGCCCAAAAAGUCAAAGACUGCCCCUCCCUGAAAGAAAACGACCGUCUCGUCGUCAUGGUCACAAAGGCCGCCGCUCAGCCCGCGCCGGCAGCCUCGUCGUCUUCUGCACCUACGGCGCCCGCGGCUCCUGCGCCGGAUGCCUCCUCGCCCUCUGCGACCGCCACCGCGCCCGCGCCGCCUGCAGUGACGCCUGAGGCGCCCGCCGCCGCGCCGGGGACAGCGGCCCCUGCGGACGCUUCGCCCGCCCCAGAAGCUUCCGCCGCGCCCUCGCGCGAGGCUGCAGAGUCCGCACUCGUCACCGGCCCGCAACUCGAGGAGUCUUUGACGCAGCUGGUGGCUAUGGGCUUCCCUCGCGCGCAGGCCGAGCAGGCGAUGCGUGCGGCUUUCAACAACCCAGACCGCGCUGUCGAGUACCUCAUGAACGGCAUGCCCGGGGACGUCACUGCGAUGUUCGGCGGCGAGGCUCAGGGAGCCGCAGCGGAGACCGGCGACGCGCCGUCGGGCGAUGAAGCGGAGGGCGAAGAAGGCGACGACGACGGCGAGAAUCCGCUUGGCGCUCUGCGACACCAUCCUGCGUUCAACCAAAUUCGCCAGAUGGUUCAGGCGAAUCCGGCGAUGCUGCCUCAGGUGCUCCAACUCAUCGGCAGCUCCAAUCCUCAGCUCCUGGAACUGAUCACGCAGAAUCAGGACGCGUUUCUUGAGAUGCUGCAGCAGGACCAGGGCGAGGGCGGCGCGGGAGGCGCAGGCGGCCUCGGCGGGGUCAUUCAGAUGACUGCUGAGGAAAUGGAGGCGUUGCAGAGACUCGAGGCUUUGGGCUUCUCGCGCCAUCAAGCCGUCGAGGCGUACCUCGCGUGCGACCGAAACGAGGAGAUGGCGGCGAACUUUCUGUUUGAGAAUCUGAACGACCUGGGUGACGACGGAGGCGACUAA